AUGUUCAUUGAAAAGCUGCUGAAAUAUGUGCUGUUCCUCUUUGCUGCCGCUCUUCCAACAUACGCCUUUUGGUGGACGCCUCCAUCCGCAACCACUACAACUGAAUCGCCUAUGACUUUCAAGCAGAUACCGCUAACCUACUUCCGAACCUACACCUACCAGCCGAUUUCCGGCAAUCCAUUCGCUGCCUUUCCCUUCUACCAUCAUGCGGCGAGCGCGGCGAUGCCGUCCCCUCUUCUAACGGGCACCGCGCGAUACGAACACGCUACAUACAUGCCUGCCGGUGCGUAUCCCAUGAGUUUGGCGCUGCAUCCUCAACUGCAACAACCACAGCUGUAUCAACUGCCCCAGCAACCAGUGUUGCAUGCGAAGCCACUGACAAGUCCCAUCACGAGCAUAAUAAGCACCACGACCACCACAAAGCCACCGACGACGACCAGCACCACCACAACUACAACAACAACGACAACGCCGCCGCCGACGACGACGACAACAACCGCUAGCAGCACCACCAGGGCAACAACUAGCGCACCUGUAUUGCCACUCGCUUCCGACGUACACAGCUUGCCUACCUAUGGCAACGAUGUCCCUAAUUCUCACCCUCACUCGUAUCCCUACCCCUAUCCGACAUACAAUCGACGCGCCUACAUGGGGUACAACUCGCACUACUACCGCGCCGCUUAUCCAUAUCCGGAUUAUACGGUCUACAAGAGCUCGCCGGUGACACGCUUCAAUAGUCAAGGUGGCCCGAUAAAAUUCGUUCCCUGCAUGUGUCCGAUGAGUGUUGGUAACAGCGGGGCGGGCGGAGAAAGUAAUGCGGCACUUUUAGUGCAGGGGCGUACCGCAGAUGGGGAAGACGAUGGUGUGACGGUACUGGAGCGCACUGCGGAUAUGAAUGUGUCUGAUGAUCACAAAGUAGUAGACGAAAAAGAGGGCGAACAGAAACGAGAUAAUGCGGUUGAAGGUAAACCGGCGGUGGAAUCUAAAGUGGACGGACAGGUUGAAGCGGAGAACGUCUUAAAUCCAAACUUGGUGCAAAAGACGGUGGCCACCGGCACAGCUCAACUGAGCACGAAUAAGAUUGAAGAGGAAGUGGUGCGCGCGAAGAGUGUGCCAGAAGGGCGGGACAGGAAUAAAGGUUUGGUGGUCGCAUAA